UUCUCUCUCUUUCUUAACAGCUUUUGUUUCUCUCAGAAGAAAAUUAUGACUAAUAAAAAGAAUGAAAAUGGAUUAUAUCCUAUUUCCCCUUUUCAGCAAGCAGUUGCUUCUUGUUGUGGAGCUACUAUUACAUCACUCUUGGUGACACCUUUGGAUGUUGUAAAAAUUCGGCUACAAGUCCAAAGUAAUCCAUUAACCAAAGGAAAAUGCUUUAUAUACUCCAAUGGCCUUAUGGAUCAUGUAUGUGUCUCUGAGAAUGGGAACACCAAAGCAUGGUAUAAGAAAUCUGGCCAUUUCAAAGGGAUGUUGGAUGCUUUUGUGAAAAUUGUUCGAAUGGAAGGGAUUAAAUCACUGUGGAGUGGACUUCCUCCAACACUAAUGAUGGCACUUCCAACCACAGUAAUUUAUUUUACUUGCUAUGAUCAACUAAGUGAAGGUUUAGGAGCUACAUUAGGAAAAGGUGACUUCAUUCCAAUUCUUGCUGGAUCCUUAAGCAGAUUGGGUUCAGUAACUGUAAUAAGCCCCCUGGAGUUGGUCAGAACUAAACUUCAGGCUCACCAGUUAUCUUACAGGCAAUUACAUGUGUGCAUCAGUAACACAAUAGCCAAAGAUGGUUGGCUUUCUUUGUGGAGAGGCUGGGGUCCUACUGUUCUUAGAGACGUUCCUUUCUCAGCAAUGUACUGGUACAACUAUGAACACCUCAAGGAGGGGCUGUGCAAGAGAUUUGACAUGCAUGAACCAACAUUUAUGAUGUGUUUUACGUCAGGGGCUAUAUCUGGAUCUAUUGCAGCUCUUUUAACUUUACCUUUUGAUGUGGUGAAAACACACAAGCAGACUCAACUUUGGGAAUGUGAGACCUUAAAUAUAUCACAGAGGAAGUCUGCAUCAACUUGGACAGUAAUGAAGAAAAUUGUUGCUGAAAAUGGGUUUACUGGAUUAUUUACUGGUGUUACUCCCCGGUUGAUUAAAGUUGCUCCUGCUUGUGCCAUCAUGAUCAGCACAUAUGAAUAUGGGAAGGCCUUCUUUCGUAAAUUAAAUAAGAAACAAAUGGAAAACAAUUAAUACAGUCUCUCAAGAUUGCAACCACAGCUUAGCUGUACAAUGUGAGCUGUGCCAAGUUUGACUUAUGUCUAAGAUUCAAAUAUUCCAAAGUAACAGACUUAAAAUUCAGCCAGGAUGUUCAGUAACCAGGCAAAACUCUAUUUGCUUAGAUUUUCAUCAGAGCUAAAUUUGGUCCUGUUUCUGAAUUUAAGAAUGUGCGAGAACAAUGUCUUCUGUGUCAUCAUUUAAACUAUCCUGUGAAUUCUCCAAGAGAGAACAAAGUCUAAGGAAGCAAGCUGCUUCUUUUACAAGCCAUCUUUAGAGCCACUUAAGGGGGGAAAAUUAAGAUUGGUCAGAGUACUGAAAUAAUAUAUGCAGCCACUUUUAAAGGGGGAAAAAUCUGUCAGUGGAUGCAAGACUGGUACAGAAUAUGAUCAUUUCUGGCUUGCAUUUUUGUAUUUCACCAAGCAACCGCUGUUAGAUGUAGUUAUGCUCUAAGAAUCUAUUAGGAUUGACAGUAUGUAAACACAGAAAAGGACAAGUCCUUUCCUGUUUAAUCAUGUACUUAGAACUGUUUAAAUAUGGUCUCUUCAAACAGGGCUUUUCUUCCAAAAAUAAUGUGAAGUAUUUUCUCAGUGUUUGAGUGGAACUGUGUGUGGAAGAAGUUACCACUAGGUAGCCUUAAAACAGAGCCCUAAGAAUGUUUCAGGCAGACACAGCAUGCAUACAGUUUGAAAAUUGUUAAGUAAUAAUAUACACAAAUGCAACUGUUAGCAAUCCAGUGAUCCUGAAGAUUAGAAAUAAUUUUACAUGGCAGAAUCUUGAGUUAACAUUUAAAUAUUCGUUUGUUUGUCAUGUAACUUUGGUUCCAUGACAGGGACUUAUUUU